AACAUACCCCACUCUCCCCUACCUUUUGUAUAUCUCAAACAGUCCGUAUGUUGUCCAGGAGGGCAGCCACGUGUGUUUAGAAGCAGAGGAUCACUGAUUUGAACCUAGUAUGGGGCAGUUGGAGAGUAGAGGAAAUUAAUCUGUUAGCAGCACACUCACCCCCGUUACAGUGGUGCCUGUGGCCCGGAUCGGCAGCUGGGCUCAGCUCAACGGCCGGGGUAGCGAGUUUAAAAGGGGUGAGUGUAAUAGAGUUAAUAUGAAUUUACCGUAAGCUCACUCCACAGCUAGUUUGAAAUGUUGCCGAUGUAGCUAACCAAUUGGUACCUUUUGUUUAGCUCAAACGGUUGGUACGUUGUCAAAUACACAUUGUCAAAUUAAAUAUCAAUUUAAUAAAGUUUAUUUUUGUAAGUGUCCAUUGACAAAAUUUGCUAUAGUUUUUUUUUACUACUAAUACUGUUGUUACUACCGUUGCUACAGUACAUGUGAUGUUCCUUUACGUCACUACAAUUGUUGUCUGCAUAACUGCAUUUAACCAUGAUGAUCUCCAUUGUUUUCAAAGAAGUUAUGGGAAAGAUUCAAGGGAACUCCUUGCCAUAACCAGUUUAUCUCAGGUGAUUCACACAAAUGUUUCGCAUUGAGAGCACACACUCAACACAAUCAUUAAAAAAAGUGCAGUUAUAUUAAACAACAUACUGGUCCUGUCUAUGUGGAUAUCAAAAUAAACACAAAAGCUGCAUGUGCUUUCCUGACAGCCCAUACAAGGUCAAGGGAGACUGUUUGAAAUGGAUGUAUGGAAAUGGUAUUCCUAGACCCUCUUGUCCCCUCCCAGAGCAUUAACUUCUAUUGUAGAAGGGUUAUCCCUGAGAUUUUACUGUAAAUACUACAGAACUAGCAGCCAUUAGGCUACACGUUGUGAAUUCAACAGGUUUUCGAAUAGUUAAAAAAAUAUAUAUAAAGAUGAGUUUUAUGGUUUAUCUUAUUUAUUCAGCGUACAACACUUGCAUCAUCUGUCUCUCGCUCUCCCUCUUUUGUUGUCGUUCGUUGCUACUAAUGGUUUGGCCCACAAAGCCAGUCAUUGCUGGCUCUGCUGCCAUGGCUACCAGGAAAUACUCUCGGUCGCCAGAGAGUAGUGUGUGUGUGUGUGUGAGAGAGAGGGAGAGAGAGAGAACGUGACAGUCCAGAGCUGUGAGAGACCACCACACAGAACACAACAACAGAUUAAUUAGAACAGGUUUGAGUGGUAGUGGUAGUACCCAGAGCAGACAGAGACCGGAGACGGCAGACAGGGACCGGAGACGGCAGACAGGGACCGGAGACGGCAGACAGGGUAUCUGGAAAAAUGGCUUCCUGUGGGUCAGCAACCCUCCUGCCUCCGGUCAAGAGUGUGAUGGUCUACAGGAACGGGGACCCCUUCUACUCCGGCAGGAGGUUUGUAGUCAACCAUCGACAGGUGUCCACCAUGGAGGCGUUUCUCAAUGACGUGACCCACUGCAUUCAGGCGCCGCUGGCCGUGAGGACCCUGUACACCCCCCGGCAGGGUCACCGGGUCAGGGAGCUGCAUGACCUCCAGACCGGGGCCCAGUACGUGGCCGCAGGCUUCGAGAGGUUCAAGAAGCUUGAUUAUUUGAACACAGGGCUGAAGAAGCAGCCUGUACCCAUGGGAGAAGGAGCUCGGGCAAGAUUACUUCACAGACCGAAUGUGUCAGCAAAAUGGAGAAAGUAUAUUCCUCUACCCUGUAUCAUACAUGUUUUCCGCAACGAAGAUCUUCGCUGCUUGCCAUUCCGUUUCAUAAUUCCCAGGACCUGGCAGCACGACCUGGAUCAGAUCCUCGGUCUAGUCACAGAGAAGGCCAGUUUACGUACUGGAGCCGUGCGCAGGUUGUGCACUCUAGAGGGUGUAACUGUGUCCAGUGCAGACGAGCUGGUGAGUGGCCAGUUCUACGUGGCUGUGGGAGCAGAGAGGUUCAAGAAGCUUCCCUACGUGGAGCUGUUGGUUCCUAAAGCCUCUGAGAGAAAUGACCCUGGAAAUAGAAGGCUGUCAAGGAGAUAUAAGGGCAGGAAGGCAGCCAGUGGCCCUGAGGACAGCUACAGUGACUCUGCUCUCCUGGACUCUCCAGAGUUGGAUGGGCGGAGUGUGAAGUCCACUGGGGAUGAGGUGGGGGAGACGGCUCUCCCAUCCAUCCAGAGGAGUCCAGUGAAGGAGGAGAGCUCUAUCUUCUACGCCAAACCAGUGAAAGUCCGAGUGAGGAACAGAGGCCAUCCCAGGCCUCCACCAAGGACUGGACCAGCCCAGGCCAGUGUGUUCAGAGCUGUACGGAGGAAGAGAGAGGAGGUGCAGGGGGCUGAGGAGGUGCUGGAGGAUGAGAACACGGCAGUAGAUGUUCCCGUUGACCAGAGAGUGGCAGAGACAGUAGAGGACGAGGACCUUAUUGGGAGAAAUCCUACUCAUUCCAACAGCCAAGAUCAGUUGGAAUCAUCGACUGAGAAAGACAGGAACUCACCUGAAAAUACCAGCUCUUCAAUCUGCAAAGAGGAUGUUAUCGGUGGGAGCCCUACGCUUGAUACAGAAAUGCCACAGGCAAACACAUCCCUGGAGCAUGAGAUGAACUCUACUGCAGAUCCAUCUGUCCACAAAAAUGAAGGCGCUGCCUUAGAGAGUUGUGUGUCUGCUACUGAUUCGCCAGAGGAGCUGAAGACGGAGCCAAAGCCAACCACUCCACACCCAAGGGCUUCUUCGUCAUCAACAUCCUCCGCAUCUCAAAGUUCUCCGAAAAGCGGGGGUAUCCAAGGAAACCGUUCGAGUAUUUGAUCAGGCUCGAUUGAAUAGGGAGUCCUCAUACCCUCCACCGGACACCUUAAUGAAGCAGUCCGGUCCCUCCAACAAGCACCUUAAUGAAGCAGUCCGGUCCCUCCAACAAGCACCUUAAUGAAGCAGUCCGGUCCCUCCAACAACCACCUUAAUGAAGCAGUCCGGUCCCUCCAACAAGCACCUUAAUGAAGCAGUCCGGUCCCUCCAACAAGCACCUUAAUGAAGCAGUCCGGUCCCUCCAACAAGCACCUUAAUGAAGCAGUCCGGUCCCUCCAACAAGCACCUUAAUGAAGCAGUCCGGUCCCUCCAACAAGCACCUUAAUGAAGCAGUCCGGUCCCUCCAACAAGCACCUUAAUGAAGCAGUCCGGUCCCUCCAACAAGCACCUUAAUGAAGCAGUCCGGUCCCUCCAACAAGCACCUUAAUGAAGCAGUCCGGUCCCUCCAACAAGCACCUUAAUGAAGCAGUCCGGUCCC